AAUAUUGAAAUAUAUUCAUGAAAAAUCUACAUUUAAAAAAUGCAAAUGGGAAAUGAUAUAAAUAUUGAAUGUAUAAUUAUUUCAUAGCAUUGUCAGAUAAGGAGUUGCGAGAGCUAAAAAUUGUCUCACAGUGGUAUGACAGCAACGAAAGAGUUUUUUUUAAAGUUUUAAGGACACGCCCCUUCGUGGCACUACUUUUUAAAAUAGGAUUACGUUUCAACGAAACCACGAGAGUUGGAUCAAUUGCAGUUCUAAUCUCUUUGAUAAGAGGAAUAAUCUUCAUACAUUUAUCGCAUUGUUCCACUCGAUGUUUCUUGGUUCCUUAUUUUUCAAUUAAUUUUUUCUUAAUUUUGUUCAGAUAAGGAGUUCCAAGAGCUAAAAACUAUUGUCUCACAAUGGUAUGACAGCAACGAAAGUGUGCCUUUGCUGAAAGUGUUGUUCAGAGACAAGAUAGACAAUUACGAGCUAUCACCAGCAACUCACACGAUGGACCUGCUGAUUAUAUUACUUGCACGUGGUCAUCUGAGUUCACAGAAUCUUGGACUCCUGUGUGAUACUAUUAGCAUAACCAACCAGUUUGGUCUUUUAAGGAAGAUUAAACAAAAGCUGCCAUCAUUCCCAGAUGUUGAGGAAGGAACCAUUUCAAAAAGAUUCACAUCUCACAGACAAAUGGUAAUGAAAUUUGGAAAGGUACUGACCCCAGAUAAUGUGACGCAGAUCGAUCAAUUUUAUAAUACGCCUCCUAAGAAGUAUAAAGACGGCUGGAGUAUGAUCAACGAUCUAGAAGACCAACAGAAAAUCAGCGAAGAAAAUAUGAAGGAAUUCACUGAUUCACUGAAAAUCCUUGAGCUCAGUUUGGCAUUAAAAGCACUAACAGAAGUGUAAUUAACUCACUAGUGAUGUCGGAACUCAGCUGAUGAUGUUUUUCGUUAAGCCAAGCCAAACUAAAAGAUUCCGAUGUUGGUACAUAUUCUUGAUUGAAGUGAAAAGAAAUAAAAUAUUUAAGCAGAAAACUUAUAUCAAUACAUUUGUCAUUACAUUGAUGAUGAAGUUGAUUCGGCACUACUGUAGUUCUUACUCAAAAGACUUCUGGGUAACACCAGAUAUGUCAGUCGUCAUCAAGCCUGCAAAUCUAAUUCGUAUUUAUCAGUACAGUAUCUGAAACAAUCAUUUUGUCACUAUCACAAUGCAGGAAGUUUGAUCAAGGCUGGCGUAAUCUGAAAGACUACCAAAUGAAGUCAGGCGGAGGUUCCAGAGAAAUAAAAGCAUGUAAGAAAUUACAUAAUGCAUGGAUAGCCAGUCUAACAUACAGUACUUACCUGAUUACGUCAGUACGUACAGCUCGUACACCAAG